AUUCAAUUAUAUUUUUCAAAACACUAUCAUGCUAGAGAUGAAGUCGUUAAACGAUACAGAUUGCGAUUGCAUCAAAAAAGUGGACCAUUGGUUGCGGAAAUUUGUAAAACUGAAAAAAUUGCAAAUAAACAGGAAUUUGAAAAAUUGUAUCAAAAGAUAUUGACGGUCAUCACUAUUUUAAGUGGUCUUGGAAAUCCUACUGUAAUUGGAGUAAUUCAAGAAGUUUCAACAACAUUGAGAAGUAUUUUUCAACCUUUGGAAUUGGAAUACUAUGUAAAGAUGUCUAAACGUGAGAAGGAAGAACAGUUAAUGGAAUUAAUGUGCAUAGUCGCAGGAAUACGAUUGUUUAACAGAGAUUGCCAACGUGGAGGAGAAGGGAUUGACGAUUUACCUGCCAUUUUGCAAAAAGCUAUAAAAAAAAGUCGCGAAAUUAUUAUGGAAUUUUUAGAACAUUUAAUGACAAAAAUAUACAAAUUCACUGCAAUUAUAGAAAAGAUAUGUUUCGUAAAAGACUUACCAAUUAAUAUUUUUUCAAAAACGAAUAUAGAAUGGGCAAUUGAAAUGUUAACAGUAUGCCGGCAACAAGAGAUUUAUAUUAGAAAAUUGUUAAGUGACAUAGAUCGUAGCGAAAAGGAGGUUCAAAAUUAUCUAGAACGUCUUCAAAAACGCUUCUUUAAACUUCAUGACACUGUGAGGUAUAAAACUGCGAUUCCUAGUACUGAAGUAUAUCCACAAUUCAUCGAUUUAACUGAUAUAUGGAUGGGACUUCAGGAUGAAGUGAUUAUAAUAAGUGGUAUUAACAACUUUUUUUGGGAAUUUCAAACUUUGACUACAAAGAAUUACGUGAACACAUUCAAUGAAACAUUAAUUCUGGAUAUGCUGUCCGACAGAAAAGUACUUACAGAUGCUGAAAGAUUAGAACUAUCGAUGGGUGAAUUAAUAGACGAGUGUGGCCAAUGUACUAUUUAUUAUCCUAACGAUACUGUGGAUUUCGAGAACAUAAAUUUAGAGUUUUUAGGAUUUUGCGCAUGGAUGUUCAUUAGAAAAGGAGUAUUAAUCCCGGGAAAUCCGAAUAAUGGUGUCGUUAAAUGGAAAGGAAAAUAUUAUGUAUUUUGUACAAUAGAGGCAGCGAAAGAAUUUGGAAAAAAUCCUGAUAAAUACGUUUACGAAGGUCUUGAUUUUAUACGCAAUCAUUUUGAAUACGUAUAUUUGUUUCAAGUAUACGAUGAUGUUCGAGCUUUACAAACUCAAGAAAUGAUAUCAGAACAAGGUCCCGAGUUAAAAAUUUGUAACCAUCAAAUGGUUCAAACAGAUUUGCAUAUACUUCCAUCAUUCAUCGAUAAGAAUUAUUCUUCGAAUAUCUGGGAAUUAAGAAAUAAAGCGUUACAUUUAGCAACAAUAAGUCGAUAUAAAACACGCAGCACUCAAACACAUAAAUCCAACUUCAGAUACGGUGUUUAUGUACAAGCAGCUCCGCCUCGAGACAAAGAAGUUCAAACAAGAAGAGAUAAUUACACGAAUACAAAGAAACUCUUAACUUAUAUCUUUGGUCUACGGGGGAGGAACGAUGAUAAUCAACAUGUAGUAUCUUUCUUGGAAACCGAACUGAAACACUUAUGAAUAA